CUCGCGCGACAGCAACAACAAUGGCAAGCCGUGCUCUGUUUUGGUAGCAGCUUUCUGAUUGGAGCCAGACGGUCCGCAAAAGCUUUCCGCCUGAGUCCGGUCUAAUUCGCUUUGUUUUUAUUUGAAGCCGAGGGUUGAUCUGGAGUACGAUUUUAGUCCGUCUUUUCCCGUUUUGCUUUCAAAAUGAGCGAGGCGCUGUCGGCCAGCUCCCCCAGCCCGUGCAUGUGUGUCCCUGCUGCUCUGCUGCUGCUGCUGCUGGCUCGGAGCUACUAGCUUUUCACUCCGCGCUGAGCUAACGUUGGCCCGGCCGCGCGCACUGGAAUUGCUCGGCCAAACGCACGCAAAUGAUAGGCGUAUGUUUUUGAUUUGUUUCAUGACAACGAGUCUAAGGCGUUUUUCGGUCGUCGUCGUCGCGCAGGGCACGAAUAGGUGUAUGGUUCGUCGCGGAGAAGAGUUUUCAGGCUUGCUAACAGGCUAGCUAUUUGUGUGUAUUCUUCGAUUAAGGAAAGCGGCGAGUUUUCUUUGAAAGUAUGGAUGACCAGACCAGGAUGAUGACGGGUCUCACCGGACUCGGUGGACUACAGCCAGGCGACGUUGGUGACCCAGACUCGGUCAGGAAACAGCAGUCCCUCGGCCAACCUCAGCAAGACAUAGGAGAUAUCUUACAGCAAAUAAUGGCCAUCACAGACGAGAGCCUGGACGAAGCACAGGCCAGAUGCUGGCCAGAGGAUUCGCCGGCGCAUUGGGGUGGAUCAGACGACCCCACAGAGGGAGGGAGAGCAGGGGGGGGCACGGCAGGGGGUGGCCUGCCAGUCAACUUCCAGCACAGGAAACAUGCCCUGAACUGUCACAGAAUGAAACCAGCCCUCUUCAGUGUUCUCUGUGAGAUCAAAGAGAAGACGGUCCUGAGUAUACGAGGCGUGCAGGAGGAGGACCCCCCAGAUCCCCAGAUCAUGAGGCUGGACAACAUGCUGCUUGCGGAGGGUGUGUCCGGGCCAGAGAAAGGUGGAGGAUCAGCCGCAGCAGCUGCAGCCGCGGCGGCAGCAGGGGGCUCACCCACCGACAGCAGCAUCGAACACUCCGACUACAGAGCAAAGCUCGCUCAGAUUCGCCAAAUAUAUCACUCUGAGCUGGAGAAGUACGAGCAGGCUUGCAGUGAGUUCACCAACCACGUAAUGAACCUGCUGAGAGAGCAGUCCCGCACACGGCCCAUCUCUCCGAAGGAGAUCGAGCGCAUGGUGGCCAUCAUCCACCGCAAAUUCAGCUCCAUCCAGAUGCAGCUGAAGCAGAGCACCUGCGAGGCCGUCAUGAUCCUGCGCUCACGUUUCCUCGACGCAAGACGCAAGCGGCGCAACUUCAACAAGCAAGCCACAGAGGUGCUGAACGAGUAUUUCUAUUCCCAUUUGUCUAACCCCUACCCCAGUGAGGAGGCGAAAGAGGAACUGGCCAAAAAGUGUGGGAUCACCGUUUCUCAGGUAUCCAAUUGGUUCGGAAACAAGAGAAUACGUUACAAAAAGAACAUCGGUAAGUUCCAGGAGGAAGCCAACCUCUACGCCGUAAAGACAGCUGUGGAUGCAGCCAACGUGUCAGCGCAAGCUAGCCAAGCCAACUCUCCUGCAACACCCAACUCAGGCGACUCCUACCUCGGCCUGCGUAUACUCAACGGGGAGGGUCUCAGCAUCGCCCCCUCUCUACAGCAGCAGGUGGAUACCCUGCACCAUGCUACACACCUGACGGGCGGCUAUGAGGAGCUGUCGGGUAGUGGCCUCUACACCCCCCUUCGCCUGGAUGCUAACAGCUGGCAGGACACCCCCAACCCCCCCUCGGUCACCUCCCCUCCCGGCCCUCCUGGCAGCGUCCACUCCGACACAUCCAACUGAUUCAGCUCCGAACUCUCCGGUCUCGCCCCCGUCUCCCUCUUCUCCACCGGACAGCCGUGCGAAAAACGCUCCCGUCUCAUAAGCUCACUCUGUGCUGGACCACAGGAACCACCGGGGGUUGCCCCCCUCCUACCCCACGGCUUGAACAAACUCUGGAGGGUUUCUCCACCGUCUUUUUGAAAACCACUGACCUGGCUGUGUAGAUGUCUGUACAUUGUGUGUAUAUGCACGUUAACUCCACACAGUCUCCACACAGCUUGUCAAUGUGCCGUCGACCUCUGCACUCGACCCCUUUUUGCUUUGGAAAACUGUGUGUGAUUGCCUGUAUCUCUUGAAGCCUUGGCUCUUGACGGCCACACCGUCGAUACGGAUCACCAGGGAGCUCUGCUCACCUCUGCUCGUACCAAAGUGCUGCCCCAGUAGUCCACUCCCGCAACCGUCUUUCAUCGGCUUUUGUGUUUCAUUCUCAAGCGACGCUCAGAAGCACCGCCCCUUCCGAGCGUGGAGCACUAAAGUUAGCAUCCUCGCUCUGGGACCACCAGCGAGAGGAGGCGGGACGGCAGAGGAGCGUGGGCGGGACUAACCGAUAAGAAGGGUUUCGGUAGAGCUGGUCGACCUAACUUCUUGCUUUCUGUCCACUAGUUUCUUUGAUUGUAGGCUAUUUUCUAAUGCUGUUUCACCAAGGAUGCACCAGCCGCCACCAAAAAUGAGCUGGAAGGGCGAGACGCCGUGGGGCAGCGACGUGUGUCAUUGGGACGAACAUGAUUUUAGAAACGUGACCGUCUUCCAUGCAUGUAGACUUUUAGGAUCGAUUUUUUGUUUUCUUUUUUUAAAUUUUGUUCCACAAAAAAAAGGUUAAAAAAAAAUAAAAGGGUAUAACUAUAACAGUCAGACCAAAAAGGAAAAAGUGCAUCAUUUAUCGUGGGUGUGUGUGUGUACAGUGUUCUUUUGUCAAACUGGUCGACGCCCACUAACUUUUUGUUUUUUAAGCAUCACGAAGAGCGGGUGCUUCUACCACGCGAUCUGGAAACGCUUGUUGACACCUUCUUUUGUACCAAAACCAAAAAUACCACGUUCAGAAAUGUAAUAAAAGCUACUCUGUGUCUCUUGAAAGUCGGCGCACCGCCGCCUUUUCAGUUCGAGGAGAGGAGGGAGUUCUGUUUGUAUCCGUGUCCGUGUGGUGUUGUUAUGCCUCAAACUUUUUUUUUUUUUCCCUUUCUUUCCGAUGUCGGGUUUUGUUGUGGCGUAGCGAAGACCGUCGCCUCACACUUGACAGUGUGCAGUUCAGCACCUCUUGGACGAAAACGCUCCGGUUUUAAUCCUCAACUUCCUGUUUAUACACGUACUGUCUUUAGUUGAACGGCCGAUUGGGCAAGGGCUUCUCUCCUCUGUUACCAAAAAAAAAGAGGCAGCACUGGGUGUAGUGAAACAUUUUACCAUGGGGGGGGGAAUUUUCAUUCUAUGGAACUAUUUUAUACAUAAUCUUUUGUUGACUACAGUGCAUUUUUGAUAGUAAGGUGACGCCUUAUGAAGAUUUUAAUCGCCAAGCAUAUGUUACAAAAGCUGGUCACGGUGUAUCCAAUAGUUUUGUUACUCAUCGCGGUUCAUACGACUGUAUUUUACGACAAAUGUUAACGCCACACCAAAUUAUCAAGCCCCUCCCUCCUUUUGUUUUUGUUUUUUUUUUCUACCUGUUGUAAUGGAUGUCACUGUACAGUUUGUGUAAUGUUCCAGUAUUUCUUUUCUCCUUUUAUAAAAAUGUUGGUUUGAGAUGCCGGGUUUCUUUUAACUCUUGUUUCACUCUAUAACCAUUUUUAAUGUUUUGUUUUGUUACAUAACCAGAUGGAAGUGGGGGCGUUUACGAUCGGCUGGAUGUUGCUGUGGAAUUGAAUGCAUCAUGGAACGGCUUCAUAACGGAUUUUUAACCAACUUAAAAGCUUAGAAAAAAACACAUUUAUGCAAGUGUGACCCCCUCCUUUCACCCCGAGCCCACAGCACCAUCCAGCCGACUAAACCCCAGUUUUUCUUUUUUUAUUAGCAUAUUUGUAUCUCACUUCUUUUCCUUGUAUUUACCCCCCCUCUCUCUACCUCUGUCUUUCCAUAUCUCUUGUAUAUAACCCCCACUGUUUCCAGACCUGCGAGUCUGUAUGAACUCCUUUUAUACCUCAACUUUAGAAUUGUUCUAGACAGAGUAAACAAAAGGAAGAAUAUGACAAAUUGUAGUGUUCUUAAUAGAAAAUUAAUAAAAAUGAUUUAGUGUGAUUUUUUUUUUCCAGUAUUUGAUUUCAGAUUGUAGGAGUGUUUGAUUUUAUAAUUUGUCACAAACGCUCUUGUGAUAGUCAAAUGUAAUAAAAGGAGAGAUUGCACCA